GAGAGGCGGGCUGUGCCUCACAGUGAGGGAGUGUCGUCGUCGGAGCAGUUCGCUCUUCCACAUCAGACUCCUUCUACCGCUCCGUGCUGGAGGAGCGAGGAGGAAACCUCUCCUCUUGUUUCUCCCCUCUCUCUGCGGACACACGGAUACUAACCACACCACGGCUGGGAAGAUGUUUUUUCUGCUGCAUAUGGUUUACACUCUGAGCGUCUUUAGCGGAGCAGCCGCCGCCACUCACUAUAGUUGCAAUGCUCCUCUGGCCUCCACGUUACCCCAUUCAUCCUUUCAGAGCUCCUCCCAGUCCUCAGUCAGUUACGCCGCCCACAAUGCCAAGCUUAACAGGAGAGAUGGAGCAGGAGGCUGGUCUCCCAUGGUGACAGACCAGGAGCCGUGGCUCCAGGUGGACCUCAGGGAGCAGAUGGAGGUGACGGCUGUGGCCACGCAGGGACGUCAUGACAGCUGGGACUGGGUCAGCAGUUACCUCCUGCUCUACAGUGACACGGGCCGGGCCUGGAAACAGUACAGGCAUGAGGAUGGAGUUGGGAAAUUCGUGGGGAAUGUGAAUUCAGAGGCCGUUGUCCAGAACAAGCUGUCCCACCCCGUGAGAACGCGUUUCCUGCGUUUUGUCCCUCUCGACUGGAACCCCAGUGGCUGGAUGGGCCUCAGAGUGGAGGUGUACGGCUGCUCGUACAAGUCAUACGUCGCAGACUUUGACGGCAGAAGCUCCUUGCUGUAUCGGUUCAACCAGAAGUCCAUGUCAACGGUGAAGGACGUGAUUUCUCUGCGCUUCAAGAGCCAUCAGGCUGAGGGUGUGUUACUGCAUGGAGAGGGGCAGAGGGGAGAUUACAUCACCCUGGAGCUUCACCGAGGAAGAUUGGACCUCUACCUCAACUUAGACGACAGCAGGCUGAGGUUCAGCAGCGGCCGUGUUGCCGUCACUGUAGGCAGCCUCCUGGAUGACCAGCAGUGGCACUCUGUUCACAUAGAGCGCUUCAACAAGCAGGUUAACCUCACAGUGGACUCCCACACACAGCACUUCCAAACCAAAGGAGAAGGGCACUCACUGGAGGUUGACUACGAGCUGAGUUUUGGAGGCAUCCCGCUGCCUGGUAAACCUGGCACUUUCCUGAGGAAGAAUUUCCACGGCUGCAUGGAAAACCUCUACUACAAUGGAAUCAAUAUCAUAGACUUGGCAAAGAGGCGCAAGCCACAGAUACACAGCGUGGGCAACGUGACCUUCUCGUGUUCGCAGCCCCAGCUGGUGGCCUGCACCUUUUUGAGCUCCAGCAGCAGCUUUCUGUCGCUUCCGUCAGCAGCGUCUGCCGCGGGGGGUUUCUCCGUUCGCUUUCAGUUCAGGACGUGGAACCCGGACGGGCUGCUGCUCUCUGUGCAGCUGAGCCCGGAGCCUCGCAGAUUGGAGCUGCAGAUCCACAACAGCCGGCUUCAGCUGACCCUCCACGGCUCAGGACGGCCUAAAUCAGAGGUCUCUGCUGGUCACAGAGUCAACGAUGGUCUGUGGCACUCUGUGAGUCUCAACACGAGGAAUCUACAGAUCACUUUGACCGUGGAUAGCGAGCCGUCCUCCACCAUUGAACUGUGGGAACAACCGGAACCAAGAAAUAACUUUUACUUUGGAGGCUGUCCCGCGAUGGACUGUCAGUACCUGACUCCGGCCUUCCAGGGGUGUGUGCGGCUCAUAUUCAUCAACAGCCAGCCGAUGAAUCUCAAUCAAGUACAGCAGGGAUUGCUGGGAAAUUAUAAUGAGCUUCAGUUUGACACCUGUAACAUAAGAGACAGAUGCCUUCCUAACCUGUGUGAACACGGAGGCCGCUGCUCUCAGACGUGGAGCUCUUUCACCUGCGACUGCUCGGGAACAGGAUACUCCGGAGCAACCUGUCACAACUCCAUCUACGAGUCAUCUUGUGAGGCCUACAAGCUGAUUGGCAGCUCCUCGGGCUUCUACUCCAUUGAUCCAGAUGGGAGUGGUCCCCUGGGGCCCGCACAGGUAUACUGCAACAUGACAGAGGAGAAGGUUUGGACAGUGUUGACGCACAACAGCACAGCUCCUGUGAGAGUCCAGGGCUCCUCUAUUCACAAACCUCACAUCAUGAAGUUCAACUACAGCGCCUCAGCUGAGCAGCUCCGCGCCAUCGUAUCAGGGUCGGAGCAGUGCCAACAGGAAGUGGUUUACAACUGCAAGAAGUCUCGUCUGUUUAAUACGAAAGACGGCAGUCCGCUAACCUGGUGGCUGGACUGGGAAGGAGAGAAGCGGAGCUACUGGGGAGGCUUCCUGCCUGGAGUGCAGCAGUGCUCCUGCAGCCUGGAGGAGAACUGCGUGGACAUGAACUACUUCUGCAACUGUGACGCCGACACAGACACAUGGGCUAAUGACACAGGGAUACUCUCCUAUAAAGACCACCUGCCAGUGAGCCAGAUCGUGAUUGGAGACACCAACAGAACGGGCUCGCAGGCCGUCUACCACAUUGGCCCUCUGCGUUGUUAUGGAGACAAGUCUAUAUGGAACGCAGCGUCUUUCUACCAGGAGUCGUCGUAUCUCUACUUCCCCACCUUACAGGCCGAGCUCGCCUCUGAUAUCUCCUUCUACUUCAAGACUAGCGCUCCUUCAGGAGUAUUUCUGGAGAACCUGGGCCUCAAGGAUUUCAUCAGAGUGGAGCUCAGCUCUCCCUCAGUGGUGACUUUCUCCUUUGAUGUGGGAAACGGUCCAGCGGUCCUGUCGGUGAAGUCCCACCUCCCUCUUAAUGACAGACAGUGGCACUACGUGAGGGCAGAGCGCAAUGUGAAGGAGGCCUCCCUGCAGGUCGACCAGCUCCCCCUCCGCUUCCUGGAGGCGCCAGCUGACGGACACCUCCGUUUACGGCUCAGCAGCCAGCUGUUUGUAGGAGGAACGGCGUCCCAGCAGAGAGGAUUUCUAGGCUGCAUCAGGACUCUGACCGUCAACGGCGUGAGCUUUGAUCUGGAGGAGAGGGCCAAGAUGACGCCGGGGGUGACCUCCGGUUGUCCCGGCUACUGCAGCGGCUCCAGCAGCCUGUGCCACAACAGGGGGAGGUGCAUCGAGAAGAGCAACGGCUACGUGUGCGACUGCUCUCAGUCCGCCUACGGAGGGACCACCUGUAACCAAGAGGUGUCGGUGUCCUUCGACAUGGAGUCCUCAGUGACCUACACCUUCCAGGAGCCCUUCUCAGUGAUGCAGAACAGAAGCUCGCAGGCCUCCAGUGUUUCCACAGAAAGCAGCAGCAGGGCCAGAGAGGACAUGGCCUUCAGCUUCGUCACCUCCCAGAGGCCGGCCAUGCUGCUGACUGUCAGCACCUUCAGCCAGCAGUACAUCGCUGUCAUCCUGGCCAAGAACGGGAGUCUGCAGAUCUGGUAUCACCUUCAGACAGACAGGACUCCAGAUGUGUUCAGCCCCGUCCUCAGUAACCUGGCAGAUGGACGACUCCAUCGAAUCAGAAUCCACCGAGUGGGGAAAAACCUCUACGUACAGAUCGACCAGGACAUCCACAGAAAGUACACACUGUCAUCUGAUGCAGAGCUGAUCUUAAUCAGAUCCCUGACAUUGGGCAAAGUCACCAGGAGGGAGAGCCUCAAUGAGGAAGUGAUGCAGGCAGCUUCUAAAGGCUUCGUCGGCUGCCUCUCCUCGGUCCAGUUCAAUCACGUUGCACCGCUGAAGGCAGCGCUGACGAAUCGGGGAAGCUCAUUGGUCACCAUCCGUGGUCCGUUGGUCCAGUCAAAUUGUGGAGCGCUGGCGGAGUCCACCUCGCACAUACUGCAGGAUCAAACUGUAACAGCAAAUAAAGACAAAGAGCAGCAUGGAAACGGCACCCAGAAGGAUUUGGCUGUAAUAGCAGGUGUGGUCACAGCGGUGGUCUUCAUUGCUGUCUGCGCUCUGGCUGUGAUAAGCCGCCUCCUCUACCAGCAGCGGCGGGCCCAGAGGAGCAGCAGCAUCAAAGAGGAGAACAGACACAGCAUGUACACGGACUACAGGACAGAGCUGCACCUCCACAACUCAAUCAGGGACAACAUGAAGGAGUACUACAUCUGACUACAGUGUGCACUCUGUGGACCCAAGCCACAAACUUACCUCUCUCUUAUAAAGGACUAACAGGUGGACGAGCUGCUGCAGGACUUCUAACAACAAAACAUCUCCGUGCCCUGGAAAUUUUCCAGGAACACUGCAAAUCGCCUGUAGCCUGUAGUCCACUCUCGUAAUGCUCCAGUACAAGCAAGUGGGCUGAAUCUUUACAGCUGUUAGUGUAUUUGAUGUUGGUGAAACUGUCAGAAUCAAGCUGCUGUGGUUUCUGUCGUUGCAAAAAUGUGUAAAGCAAAAGAUGAAUGUCUCGCCAGGGUGGACAAACGGGACGCCACAAGUGCAACGAGCGAAAGCUGCUGUCCAUCUUGAAUGCGCACAACUCAAAACAUUAUGUUGGAAACCCUCAAAUGCUGAAUUCUUCCACAGUACAGUGGGACUCACUAAAUUGUACUUACGAGUCAGGAAAUGUAGGCCAGGCCUGUAAGAUAUGCGUGCAUUCGCUGCUGUCUUUGUUUUUUCAGUGGUGGUGAAUGUUGUAGAAGAAGAAAUGGGGACAAUACUGCCUAUACUGUAUGAGUGCCUAAUUUGCAUACAAGUUUUUAUUUGAACAUUUUAGAAGUUAUUCAUGUGAUUUGCACAAAAGCAAUCGCAUUUACAUAGAGAGGAGCUUAUUGUCAUUCAGUUCUGCAACCCACUCUACAUAGAAUAAAAGGAAAUUUGAAUUUCCCAGUCAUGCGCAACAUCUGCCAGUUGACCAUCAGUAAUGACUCUUAGUAAUGUUCCUUUCACUCGGUUGUUUUUCACUGCACUGUUUGAAGUAGCAUGGAAAUUGACAAACCCAAAUCCUGUAAUCUUCUGUUAACUGGAUACGUUACGGAUCCGUAACUCCUCAGCACUUUAGAGUCUUGUCCCUAAGAAGCAUUGUACACCAUUCAGACCACUUUCAUUUAGUUGGAGGGGAUUUUUAGCUGACGGUUUAGGAAAUAAUGGAUUUUAUUUAAGUGUGCAAAUUCUGCUUGUGCGUUAUUUUUUCAUGUACAUAAAAACCCCAAAGCGCUUGUGUAUAAUGUAUCAUGAAAGUAGCAGAAAUAGGAAAUUAAAGGGCGGGUCCAUCUGCGUUCUUUUCAGGGUUUUUAAAUAUAAAUGCCCACUCAGCUGUUAGCUAAAAGUGGUGACGAAGGAAUAAUAAUAACUGAAAGGGUUCAGAUAUUUUUCAAGUAUUUAUCAACAGUCAGUGUCAUAUUUUCUCCACUUUACUGGAGCCUUUAAAUCGCUCUCCUUAAAGCCACCAGACUCCUUUGGAAAAAACAUUAAUUUUACCUUGCAGAACACGGGAGUUGUGAUCAACCGCUGCCUCUAUCGGUUAAUUUGUUUGUGUUUUUGUGUGAGUUUCGGAUCUGAGCGAACAUAGCAUCCGCAGUAGUAUGUUGCUUAGCUUCCAUUUCGAGUUGGGGUGUUAAAGGAAUGUAGCCAAUUUGGAAGGUCAUUAACACGCAAUUCUCAAAAAAGGUUCAGCUCAUUCAUGAAGAAGCACAUCAGGUGUGUUAGUUUAUAUGUAGCAACGGCAUCAUGUGAAAACCUACGUCAAGUCACGUGGGAAAAUGUUUAUAGAAGGGCUUGGGGAAUAGCAUGUUGGUGAUGAAGGCCCUGGCAUACCAUCGGUCAAUGUCGGGCCAUCGAUUAGCAUCUGUUGCUCUAGUUUUUGCAAAGUGUCCCGCACCAUUGGCACUAGCUAGCACAUAUUUUGGCUAAUUUAGCAUGUUCACUCUGAUUGGCAGUUCAGCUCAGUGUACAAGAAGAGAAUCAAGAGGGCGUGAGAACAAAACAAACUUGUUAUAUGAGUUAAGAUUUUUUUUUUAUUUAGCCAUUAAGCUCUUUAGGUGAAAAAGUUCGUAAUUCUUUGUGUCAUUGUUUGCCAGUGUGUGGUAACUAUCAACUAUUAUGUUGUUAAUGUGCUAAUUGGCAAACUAGCAUCUCCAAACCAUCCUGUAGGUGUCCGUUUUUGAAUGACGAAUACAGACUACUGCCACCUGCUGGUGUUGAGAGUUAUUUCCUCUUACGCAGGCGCAGAACGUACGUGCAAGUUGGCUGUUCUGGCUGAGACACAGGCAACAUGAGGUGAUGCAACAGUCAGCCUUCAUCACCACUUGUUCUUUGAUGUGGGUUUUGUGUAUUUGGGCCCUCAAACAAACUUCAACCGAAGUCUGAAUGUUUGGAUUUUAGUGAGAACGCUACUGGGAAGCUACAGAAUGACAUAAAAACCGAAUAAAAGAAACAAUGGACACGCCCUUUGACGGAGAGGAUUAUCAUAUUUCAGUAAAUACAAAGCAGUCAUAUACACAAGCACAUGCAGUAACAAAUCUGGCAAACCAUUCCUCCCCAAGCAGUAUCUUUGGUGUUCUUUGGCAAACGGGCAGCAGUUUGGUGUGUACAGGAAGUGUUGAGCUCAGCAACUAACAGAAACUGGUUUAACCAGCAUGCAAGUCAUUUGCAGUAGUAUGGAACAAUCACAGCAGCAAGUUUAUCGGUGCUUGUGCAGCUAAGGCAAGCGCCAGGGUCAACGUGUCACUCACAACCUUCUCUAAUACAUUUUGUCACAGUACUUGAGUGAGUUUGUACCACUGUUUAAGGUUGUAAUAUCUCAAUUUCUAGCUGGGUGCAGGCAGUUCUCAUUCUCUGUACCAGAAUCCGUAUAUAACCCAAGUAAUCAUUAGCUAGUGAACCCAGUAUAACCCAUGUAGUUGUGAAGACUGCGAUCACAUGAAUUAAGUACGGGAGUAAAGAAGGAAGUAGUACAAAGAGCAAAAGUCCGCAUAAGGAGGCAGGUUGGAGAGAUGGAUGGGUCAAACAAACACAGGACUUUACCCGCGAGACCGGUGUUCACGUCUCGUGUGAAACCAAGUGAACUUUAAGUUAUUUUAAGGUUUGUCAUCACCAUGUUUUUUUCUUAAGCUAACCUACAUAACUUUACUUUCCUAUACCUAAGGUAGAUUUAUGUUAAAUACAAUACGUUACGUUCGUAACUUCAUGUCAAGUACAGAACGUGACAAUGUCCAACUGUGUUUCUUUUCCUAAACCUAACCUAUGUACUUUAUAUUAAGUAGGUUAUGUGAUGAUGCCUAUGUUUCUUUUCCUAAAUCUAACCUACAUAACUUUACGUUAAGUACGCAACACAACGUGACAAUACCCAACCAUGUUUCUUUUUCUAAAUCUAACCCACGUUACUUUCCUAAACCUAACCUACGUAAAUCUAUAUUAAGUAGGUAACAUGAUGAUGCCCAACCAUGUCUCUUUUCCUAAAGCUAAUCUACGUAACUUUACGUUGAGUAUGUUACGUCAUGUACGCACUUUUAUGUAAAGUACACAAUGUGACAAUGCCCAACCAUAUUUAGUUUCCGAAAUCUAACCUAUUAAACUUUCUUAAACCUACUUUGUGUAACUUAACAUUACAGUACAUUAUAUUUAGUACAUAGGUUUAUGUUAAGUGUUAAGUUACGUAACGUGAUGACGCCCAACCAUGUUUCUUUUUUACUAAACCUGACCUACAUAACUUUACUUCCCUAAACCUAACCUAUGUAACUUUAGGUUAAGUACAUUAUGUUAAGUAUGUAACUAUAUGUUAAGUACCUAACGUAACAACACCAUUCUUGGGGCGCUAAUUUGUUAGAUAUCACACCAACUGUUUUAUGUGGAUGCGCUGCUUUGUGAUAUAAAAAAGUCAAGUGGACAGAAGAAGGUCGGACUCAAACUGUGAAGUAUCACAGUGUAGACCUGGUGCGUAUUAAACUCAAAAAGUACUGAUACAAAAGUUUUGUUUUGUCUUUUUUUUUUUUUUUUUUUUUUUUUGCAGCGCUAUCCAGCAGUGCUUAGAGCUUUUUGCAACUUAGAGAAAGGCCACUGUGUCACCUGACAUGAUUUGUUUAUUUAUUUAUUUAUUAUCUGGAUUACAGGGAUAAGUGGUGUUUUCUAUUUCAAGCAGAAAACUUUUUUAUAAACAUCUAACACUGGUUGAUCCUAAGAAAAAAAUAAUCCAUACCUACACUAACAAGGCAAAAAGUCUAGCGCCAACUUUAGUGGUCCUGUAAUACACAUCAAAAAAAGAAUUAAAGCAUGGAUGAAAGAUGGAGACUUUGCUUUUCUAAGAUCCUUACCAUGAGAGGGGGAAAAGGUUUGACCUGCAGGUGGUCAAACACAUUUCAAAAUCAGCUCUACAGAUUUAGCUUAUUGGCUUCAGCUGCUUUCGGCAGGUUAGCUGUCUUUGUCAGCAUCAGUUGUGCUUUGAGCUUAACAUGCUUCACACGAGCCCAAAGGAACGCUGAACCUGAGGCUGACAGGACUGGGUAAUUGUUUCUAGAGCAUCCUUUCAUGAAUGAAUGAAGUCAUUAUAAUUCGUCUUCUUGGGAUCAUAAAUGUCUGUAAAAUUUCAACGAAAGAGAUCCAACAGUUGUGAAGACUUCUCACUCUGACUCCAGUUUUUGGACCAAUGCACUGAUGGACUCACGGACAUGGAUUGAGAGAUGGAUGGAAAAAAAUGACAAACAAUACCGCCCCUCCUGGAGCCCCACCGCUUCUAUCUGGCUAUAGAUUAUGUGACUGAAAGCGACACAGGGAAGUGGCAUGGUCAAAAGACAGGGUCUGGAUCGCUCUGGGCCCCAUCUGUGCAU